AUGGAAUACUAUUCAAUUAUACUGAUCCUCAUAAUGCUGCCGUCAGCGUGGUGCCUUCAAGUCCCUUCAAAAAUAAAGUCCACUACCAAAGCGCCCGUGAAGGAGAUUCCACCGACUAAUGGAACCCAAAUCGGGAAUGUGACAGCAGUGGCUCCAGUUCCAGAGAAACUGGCGGAAGUGCACAUCGAUCAGCACAAAACAAUUCGAAUUAGCAAGGGCGAUUUGGACGAUCCUGGACGUUUACAUGGGAAAGAUAGCCGAGAGUGCCGCCACGAUUAAGGACAAGGAGAACGAGAUAAACAAGCUGCAGACCAAGGACCAAACGGGCGAUGAGCUGCUGAGGAAAUUCGAGAAUCUCACCCAGGUGUGCAGUGCCCAGCAGUCGUCGUUCACGACGGCCAUUAAAGAGAAGGACGAACAGAUCAAGGAACUGGAGCAAAAGGUGAAGGUGUACGAGACGCGCCUCAAGAGGAAACAGCACGUUCUGGCGGAGCUGCGCAAGCUGAAUGGCUCCAGUGCUCUACUGAUCGAGCAUCUCAAGGGUAAGGUUGUGUACUUCGAGCGGAAGUUUCGGGAGAAGAAGGACGACCUGUUGGCGGACUGGGAGGCAGCGACUACCAGCUGCGUGCCCUUUGGACGAUCGCCCGGCAUCCAUCUGAUCCAUCUGCCCGGAUUCCUGCCCUUCUUGGUGCCCUGCGAGGGGCAAACUGCCGCCGGACCCGGCUGGACUUGCAUCCAGCGGCGUCUGGAUGGAUCUGUGAACUUCUACCGGAACUGGGAUGCCUACAGCAAGGGAUUCGGCAAGCUGAACGGCGAGUUCUUCAUCGGUUUGGAGAAGCUGCACCGUCUGACCAGCUCCCAGCCCCACGAGCUGUACAUUAGCAUCAGGAGAUUUGGCGGCGAGACGAGCUAUGCCCACUACGACGACUUCCUCAUCGGCAGUGAAGAGGAGGGCUACGAACUGAAGCUACUGGGCCAUUACCAGGGCAACGCCAGCGAUGCACUGCGCACCCACGACAAGAUGAAGUUCUCCACCUACGACCGGGACAAUGACGCCUUCACGCACAUGAACUGUGCGGAGCACCACCAGGGAGCCUGGUGGUACGACUUCUGUUCCCGCAGCAAUUUAAAUGGACGUUACUUCAAGGGAGAGGUGGACAACCCGCAGAGCAUCUACUGGGAGCCGUGGUACAGCUUCCGCUCCCUGAAGUCCGUCCAAAUGCUCAUCCGCCCCAAGAGUCAGCUGGAGCUGAAGGAUCUGCCUCGGCCGAUGCGACCGCCAGGAUAAUCGGAAAUUAUUUGACGAGUGUCCGAGCAGAAAAUUGUCGAACCUAUGCGAGCAUAAAUCUCACUUCGAUGCCGAUCCUAUUAAUCUUCGUUUGCCCCUUUGGACGCCCCUGCGACAGUUGAUUAGGUUUCGAUUUGUUUGCGGCCCCCGUCUUUGGGUAAUUACCACGUUACAGUUGACUGCAUAUCGCCCUAGACAUUUUGUUUGUUUCGCACACAAGUCAUUGGGUGCAAUUAAUUUUCAUUUUCAUUUUCAUUUCCAUUUUCCGCCUUUGUCGUAAUUUGCUCUGUUGCAACAAUUUAAUGAAAUCUAAUUGAGUGUGUGCAUUGGGCCGAUAAAAAUGAAAUAACUCUGGUCACUGGGCGACUCCUCCGCGACUCAUUUGUCACUUGCACUUUCAUCGAGGCGACGACUGGAGCCGCUCAAUUGGAGUCAAUAAACGUUGGGUAAAUAAGCCAAAGGGGCGGUAUCUAAAUUAAUACCGAUUCGAUGGCAGAUUUACGACUUUGGCAAAG